AUGGGUUGCUGGGUGAGGGAGGGUGGGGGAGGAGAGAUGGGGGAGGUUUGGAUGGGUUGCUGGUGGAAAGUUCCAUCCAAGAAUGAUGGAGCGGUGGAGGAGUGGUGGUGGGGUGGGAGAGAAGAGCUGGAGGGGAACGGGGAAGGAGUGACAGAGGGCGAGGAGAAGAGAGGGUUGAGCAACAGCUCCGUCACACCACGAACUACAGCUCCGUCACACCACGGACUACAGCUCCGUCACACCACGAACUACAGCUCCGUCACACCACGGACUACAGCUCCGUCACACCACGGACUACAGCUCUGUCACAACACCACGAACUACAGCUCCGUCACACCACGGACUACAGCUCCAUCACACCACGGACUACAGCUCCGUCACACCACGGACUACAGCUCCGUCACACCACGGACUACAGCUCCGUCCCACCACGUACUACGGCUCCGUCACACCACGGACUACGGCUCCGUCACACCACGGACUACGGCUCCGUCACACCACGGACUACGGCUCCGUCACACCACAGACUACGGCUCCAUCACACCACGGACUACUGCUCCGUCACACCACGGACUACGGCUCCGUCACACCACGGACUACAGCUCCGUCACAGCACGGACUACAGCUCCGUCCCACCACAAACUACAGCUCCGUCACAGCACGGACUACAGCUCCGUCACACCACGGACUACAGCUCCGUCACACCACGGACUACAGCUCCGUCACACCACGGACUACAGCUCCGUCACACCACGAACUACAGCUCUGUCACAACACCACGAACUACAGCUCUGUCACAACACCACGGACUACAGCUCCGUCACACCACGGACUACUGCUCCGUCACACCACGUACUACUGCUCCGUCACACCACGAACUACAGCUCCGUCACACCACGGACUACAGCUCUGUUCCUCAACACACAGAUCUCUGAGUUUAAGCGCAUCAACAACGUGGAGUAUCUGUAGACUACCACCACUCACCUCAAACUAUACAGAGCCAGAAGGGGGAGCUCUUCAACUGGAGAUGGAAGAUAUC